AUGAUGUCAAAGCUUCAGCAGUUCGCCAAGCUGCACGCCACGCAUGUAUGGAUCGUAGUCCACCCCACGAAGCAGUCGCAGCUCGCGGGAAACGAGCCGUCUAUGUACGACUGCUCUGGCAGUGCACAUUGGUUCAACAAAUGCGACAAUGGCAUCAUUGUGCGCCGACCAUAUGCCAAGAGCUGGGCGCAGCAAAAGCAGGAUGACAAAGCAAAGACAGGAUGCUCCCGCCAGGUCAACCUGAAGGUGGACAAGGUGCGAAACUACUACGCCGGCAAACUUGGUGAAGCGAAGCUGCUGUUUAGCUCCCGCACCAGGGGCUUUGAAGAGGCCGCAGACAUCGUGGUAUAG